AUGGAGAUAGCAGGCAAGACGGCACUAGCUAGCAGUGGCAAGGGUAUUUUCAGCCUGACACAUUCCCUUCUAGGCGAGGCGGGUAGAGACGUGACUGUUGUGCUGCUGUCUGGUGCGGUGAGAGAAGGGGGAGAGAGAGAGAGAGAGAGAGGGACUGGCGGGCGGACUGGCGAGGCGAGUGUGAACCGCGAACAGAGAAGGGACUCUGGGACAGGGAGGAGCAUAGAGAGCAUAAAGCAAGGAAGAAAGGGAACAGACAUACGAGCCAGGGAAGAAUUCUUGGGAGUGUUUACUACUGGCUCUGCGUAAGAUGGCCCCGGAGGAUGGUAUCAUCCCCACCCGCAAAUCCGGACCAGCCACAGUCCACCUGCUCGGCCGCGCACGGCGCGCGGUGGAGGCGGAGCCCCACGCCCUGGUCGGGGCAGCAGGCAGGACGGUGUGCGUCAUCGCGGGGCUCAGGGGGGAGGGCAAGUCCAGUCUAGCGCGCACACUGCUGCAGGACGAGAAGUUCCAGGGUGUGUUCGUGCUGCCCGGACCUGUGUUGGACGAGAUGGGCAUCUGGGAGGCGAUCAGCACACAAGUCUUUGAGAAAACACGACAAGGAUUGACAGAAAGUGAGGACUGGAUGGCGACCACUAGGACGCUAGUCAUCAUUGACGACUUCUUACCUCGGUGGGCUGACGAAGCACUGGUAGCCCUGAACCAGUGGAAGACAAUGUCCCUGGUACUUUUCACAACCCCCUAUCAUGCAGUCAACACUCAAGAGGCAUUGUCGACGGCGGGGAUACAAAACGUAAAACAGCACCGCUUGGCCGCCCUAGAUAAAGACAAGGUGCUGGACUCUGCCAAGAACCAUUUGGUUGAAAAUCACCUGCCCAAGCUUGCCACGUGGCUCACUGAUAACUGGUGGUGGGCAGGUGCUGUGCUGCGCUACAAGGGACUAACUGAACCAUUCUGCGCAGCCUGGAAAUCUGGUUUGAUUGAAACAGUCUCCACAGAAACGGGACUCUUAUGGGCCAUCACCGACUGCAUGACGGAAUCUCUGGAGAAAAAUGGACUGCCGGAAAACGCACUGGAAAGAUGGUGGACUGCCCUGGGUGGACUUUGCCGAAGAAGCCUCGAGACUGGCUAUCCAAUGAACGCCUCGGAGGUUGAGUAUGAGGCGCGAAAGAUUUUCCCAAUAGGAUCCAAGGGCGUCACUGCCAAACAUUUGCUUCCUGCGCUGGGAGAGUCUGCCGGCUGCUGUGGCGUCAGGUGGCUGUCCCUUCCUCAACCUCUGAUGGAGUUCCUUGCCGGCUUGAAUGUCUUCCAUCAAAACCUGGCUGGAGCUCCCAUCAAGUCUCUCGUGAAACGGAUUGUUGACGAGGAUGCAGUGGUGGUCCAUGUGGCGGGUCACCUGGCGCGGGCUGCUGAGCGCGGGACAACUCCACCAGAGAAACAAUUGACAAGACUUUUUCGUAACCUAGUGCUUCACAUGGACCGUGCCAAAGACAGGUUCAAUUACACGCUGAGGAUCCUGUCUGCAUCGCAUAUUUAUCCCGAACUGCUGAAGUACAUAGUGAACGACGUUGAUUUCACAAAGCUUUGGGAAAUCAGCGAUUCUGCAAUGCGCUUUCGGCCACUUGAGGCAUUGCUGGAGCACACUCGUCCCGUGAAGGCAGAGGUGACCGUCGCGAGAGGAGAGGCAGCACCUGAGAUACCCCAGGUGGCGCGUCUGCUGGCUGAGCGCGGUAUCUUCAUGUUCCUUGCAGACAUGAACCAUCUCACUUUUGGGAACCCCGCAAACUCUGACUUGCUGAUGCAGACGAUUCAGAAGCACGGCACCAAGGGAGUGUUGCAGGACUUCAUGGGGUGUCUGUCUUCUCGCUGUUUGAAUGACCUUGGCAAACACAUGACCACCCAGAAUCUAGUAUGUCUGCGAGUGCGUGUAACUGACACACAGUCCAUGAAGGCCGCGUGCCUCACCCCAGAGGCACUUCCUUCCCUGAUGUGGCUCGAAAUUGAUUUUGAUCUCCCCUUUGAUCAGCUGGUGAAGGUUCCAGUGCCCAAGGUCAACACGCCACUCAUGGACGUCACUUUCAGGGGUUUGACAGACGACGACAUGGUGCGUUUGGUGGCCUUUCUGGCUCUGAUCCGAAAACGCUACUCCGGCAUCCACCUCAUGCAGUCUGAGUUAAGCCCACAAGGGGUCCGGACAUUUAUCAAGGGUCUCUUCUCAAAACUCAUGAAGACCUCGGCCCACCCGGACGCCAUCAAUAGCUACCGGGCAUGGCGCUAUCCGAUCGUUGGGCAGUCACUUCAGACCGACCUUUCUGAUGAGAAGGCAAGACACUUGAUAGGUCACGACGAUCGCCCGCAGUACAACGACAACGAGGUGGAGGCUGUGGGCGUUGUGGCAGAGAGGACGGAGGUGCUGACCCUGGCCACCUUUCUCGGGGUAUUGGAGGACCCUGUCUGCUUCCGUUAUGAAUGUGCGAACUUCAGAGUGGUGAAGAGUGUGGACGGAAAGGUGGAGACUAAGGAGGUGGCGAGUUACAUAGGCUAGAUAGUGUAGGUAAGAAUGAUGUACUUUGAAGGUGGCGAUGUUUGUUUGGCAGCUGGAAUACUAAGGACGCAGUGGCACAUCGAAGGGUUGGUAAUGAUUAGUGGAUGUGAUGGUGCGCUAAGGAGAUGACGGUACAGUAACAAGGUGAUAUGAUAAUUGCAUGAUAUUAGCGGGGAAGUAGUGGUCUUGAAAAGUUAGAGUCUGUGGAUGUACUGAUCGAGGAAUUAAGUGAUGUAUGAUGCCUUUAGUUGUGCUCAAAGUUGUGGGUGUAUGCUAAAGUGAUGUUGGUGUACCUGGGGAUGCAUGAUGUUGUAGGGAGAGGAUGUUGUACUGCUAGAGACUAUGAAGUUACCGUGACGAAGAAGGGAAUCGUAGUGUGUGAGUAAGUACCGUGCAGAUAUAUAGAAAGCGGACAAUUUGUAGUAUAAAGUAAAUAACUCUUGUACUUUAGAGAGAUGGCAGUGUAUUGAUCAUUAUGACUGGUCACACAGCAAAGGGAAAAAAAGUCUGCUAAUCAUAUUGACACUGCUACUCGUGAAUAUUUCGUCAGAUCGCAUGGCCACUAUAUAGAGACUGUAGUUUUGAACGUGCAAGACGCUUCAUGAGCGACUUAGGACCAUAUUAUGAAAUACUGCGUCGCCACCUCCAUUACAAAGGCUCGAAUUGAAGUUACACGGGUUUUUAAUGAUGUUUUUAUGGUUCUAGUGACAGAUUAACAAGAUUUGCUACAUUACUGACAGGAGAAACACCCUUGAAGACCCGGGUAAUCAUCUCUGUGGCCUUGGUCGUGGUGAGACAGCAGUGUUUCUGAAUACAGCCAGCGCGCCGAGCUCACUUGACUAAUGCCUGUAGCCGCGUCACUGUGCUGGGAGUUGCAUUAGGCAUUCAUGUAUGCACGCUGAUUUAAACAGGAGCACUAACUCGCGCAGCCAAUAAGAGUGUGAUAUUUAAGACUGCCGAUGCGCGGUGCCUGCGAAGUGUCAAGUGUGUGGCUAAAAGCAGCUUAUGCCGCCGCGCAGGAGAUGCGUGAUUGGUAGAUCUAGGUUUUGAUAACAAACGUGAUAAUUUUGUAUACGGCGAAAAAUGUGCACAUUGCUGAAUAUUUUUGUUACGUGUUUUGUAUGACCAGAAUAAAUGUUUUUAAUUCA